AUGGAAAAUACUGUAAAUAAAUUACAUGAAGAACAACAAAGAUCUAACGAAUUAUCUAGAGAAAAUGAAUUAUUACGUGAUCAAUUAGAACAAGCAAUACAAGCUAAUCAAGGUUUAAGUCAAGAUGUUGCACGUUUAACAUUAGCCUGGAGACAUGCAGCUCAACAAUUAGAUAAACGUGAAUCAGAAUGGCGUGAAGAAGAAAGCGCAUUUAAUGAUUAUUUUGCUGCUGAACAUAGUCGUUUAUUAUCUUUAUGGAGAGCUGUUGUUGCCCUUCGACGUCAAUUUGCUGAUUUAAGACAACAAACUGAUAAAGAUUUAACAAAUACCCGUACAGAAUUUACUCGAUACAUAGGGAACAUUCAGUCAGCAUGUAAUAAUUUGGAAGCAAAUAUACGCACAGCUGAAGCACAGAAUCAAGCUAGUCAAGUAAAAACAUCUAGCUUCAUUGAAGCAGAUAUGGCAAAUCGUAUACAAGGUUUGACUGAAUCUUUGGCACGUAGUCAAGCACGUUUGGCUGAAACAGAAACGAAGCUUACUGAUGUUAUGACUGCAAAAGAACGGCUUGCCACUCAGCUUGCUGAAAGAGAUCGAAUACUCACUACAAUGAAACAAUUACAUUCGAAUUUUGACAUAGAUUCACCAUUAAUUAAAAAUUCCAAAUCCUAUAAACGUGGCAAACGUUUGCAUGAUGUGCUGGAUAAUACAACAGCUGAUAUUAAUAAACAUAAUGAUGAUUUAUUAGAAUUCGAAGACGAAGAUGAUCAUUUGAAAGCAACUAAACGUUUAAUUGAACAUACCCAUGUUAUGCAUCAUGCAUUAAGUCAAAUAGCCCAGUUAAUCAUUUGGGAUGCAACGAUUGCUGAUACAGAUGAAGCACAAGAACCUAUUCUCAAUCUACAAAAUCCUGACUGGUCUUCUACACGUAUCAUUCCAUAUUCAAUAGAAUCAAAACAACCAGUUUCUGAUUUGUCACCAAACAGUAAAGUACAAAAUGAAGAAAGUGAUAUAAAUCAACAAGGAAAUAAAAUUUAUUACAUUAAACCAGAAGAUAUUUCAUCAUUACGCCGGCUUGCACAUUCAAAAUAUCAAGCUGGUUCAAGUUUACAUUUAGCUGAAUCAACAGUUAAUGCUGUGCAAAGUGCCUUAAAUAGACGUGCUACUCAUGUUCAUCGUCUUAGACUUCGAAGUUCUGGACUGAAAGAGCAAUUAAAUAAUCUUACACGUCGCGGCGAAGAGUCAGAUGUGGAGAGAAAACGUCUGUCUGAACAGUUGGCACGGUUAAGAGAAGAAUUAGAAGUACAAAGUUUGGAAGUGGAUAAAUUAUCUAGAGAAAGAGAUAGAAUUAAACAAAGUUUAAGUUUAACCAAAGAGGAGCAUGAAAUGAGUGAAUCAGCAAGACAAAAUCUAAAUGAACAUGUACGGGAGAUUGAAAGUGAAUUAGAUCGCCUUAAAACAUCUUUGCAUGAUAUGCGAAAACAACGCGAUGAAGCAACUCAGAACGUGAUAAUUUACAAACUGAACAAGGUCGUACAAACAACGUGCUGUAAACUUCGAGAAGAAUUGGCUACAAUUCGUGAACAGUUAAGACGUGUUGAAUUAGAAAAAGAAAUAUUAGACCAGGAGAAAAAUGACGCAAUUACAGCGGCUGGUAAAAUUCAAGCUAAAAUUGACGAAUUAAAUGAAGACCUCAACCAAGCGCAUAAUAGAGAAAACCAAUAUAAAUCAAGAAUAGCUAGACUAGAAACAGUCCUUGAGUCACAAGAGCAUGAUGCUGAGCAAUUAACCCAUCAAAUCUCUUUAACACAUGCUAAAGAAUCUCGUUUAGCCGAAGAAAGAGCCAAUCUUCGGGUAGAAUUACAAGAACAAAGAGAUGAAAUAGAAAAGUUAUAUUCUGAAAAAUCCUUAACACAAUCUGAAUUAGAACAAGCACGAGAAUCUACAAUGCGCGCCGAGACAGCUAGAUCACGACUAGAAGCUGAAUUGGGUGACUUGGCUCGAGAAAGGAUGACACUUACAGAAUCAUUAUCUGAGGCUCAGAGACAAAAGGCAUCUUUAAUGGAAGAUGUAUCAACAUUCCGAAGAGAUUCUGAACGUCAGGAAGCCUUAAUCAUGAGACUAACAAACGAAAAAGAAGCUAUAUCAAGACAUAAAGCAGAAUUACUUCUUCAGUUAUCAAUUAUUGAACGAGAUAAUCGACAUCUUACAGAAAUAAUUAAUACAUUGAAAUCAGAGAAAGAAAACUUAGAAUCUAGUUUAUUUGAUAUGCAACAAACAAUUGAACAAUUAUAUUAUAAACAAUCUCAAUUAGAAAGAGAUGUAUCAGAUUUAAAAAAUCGUCGAGAUGAAUUACAAGCUGAACUAUGUCGUGCUCAUAGUAAUUUUCAAAUUGAACUAGAAAAAUCUGAACGUAAUAGUAAAAAAGUAGGUGAUCAACUGACAAAUGAAUUAGAAGAUUUACGUAUAGCAUUAAUAAAUGCUGAAAAACGUGCUGAAGAAGCUGAAAAGGCAUGUUUACAAGCUGUGGAAAGAGCAGAUCAAGCUGUCAAUCUUAUUGAUAAACAACAGCAUGUGGAUGUGGAACAAUUAGUUAAUAGAGAAUAUGAAUUACGUAGUUCUGCUGAAGAAAUGAAUAGACUUACUAAAGAAUUACUAACUGCUCAAAGGGAAAGAGAUGAAGCUCGUUUACUUGCAGAACGAGAACGUCAACGUGAACUAUCCAGAGCAACGGAAGAAAAAGUCGGCCUUCAAGAGAAAGUUAAUGCUUUACAAGAAACUAUUACUGAAUUACAGACCACACUAGAGAGAACACAGAAGGAUGCAAGUGUUCGAGAAGAUCGCGAGAGGUCGGCAUUGAGAAAAGCUACUGAAGAGGUUAGGAGCUUUAGAAAUCAAUUGCAAGAAGCAUGUUCUGAACAUGAAAGAGAAAACCGGGAAUUACGAAUGCGUAUACACAGUCUUGAAAGUCAAAAAGAUCAGUGGACAAAAGAAGUUAGUGAACUUCAAAUAAAAAUUCGUUUGGCUGAAGAGGUUCGAGAUACUAAUCGUACAGAAUUAGUAGAUAGUACAUACCGUAUUCGUGCUUUGGAAGAAAUAAAUGAUUCUUCAAGAAGAGAAUGCAGUGAACUAAGUCAAAAACUUGGUGAAUUGGAACGUGAGAAAACUGCUAUAAAUCGUUCUAAUGAAGAAUUAAGAAAACAAUUGAAAUGUGUUGAAUUAGAACGUGUCGAUUUAGUUCGUAUGACUAAUUCACUAAAAUCUAAACUACAAGGCACUGAAAUGGAUCGAACAAGUUCAGAGAAACGUGUAGCUGACCUACAAGUUGGUUUGAAAGAAGCUACAACUUUAGCAAAUGAAAGUAAACGUGAAAUUGUAGAAUUACGCGGUAAAUUACAAAGAGUUGAAUCCGAAAAUGUGAAAUUAACUGAAGAAAUCGAAGAGUUGAAAGCUCGAUUAAGAGAAAGCGUGAAUCAAGAAGAAAGUUUAAAACGUGAGAAAGUUUCACUAAAACAAAAAUUAAUGGAAAUUGAAUCAGCGAAAUCGACAUUGCAAUCUGAAUUAACUGAUUUAAAUCAUCAAAUGUCUGAACUAGAAGAAAUACUUCGUUCAAGAGAAAGAACAGCAAAUCAAGCUGCAGAAGAUUGGCAAAAAGAUUAUCAACGUUUAGUUGAAUCAAGGAAGAGCUUACAGUCGAAAUUGGACAAUUCAAAUAUAGUCAUCAGUGAACUUCGAACAUUAUUAGCUGAAUCACAAACUUGUAUUAAAGGAUUAGAAUCAGAAUUGAAUGAAACAUUGACUACACGUCAAGAAGCUGAGGCACGUUUAUCAGCAAUACAUAGUAUAUUAAGACGUUUAAUUGGUUUCCGUCAAUCUCAAUAUACUACUCAAUUACAAAAUGUGAAUAAGCAACAACAAAGACAACAAUUGAAUGAUAAUUUCGACUCUAGUUUAGCUGAACACAUAGAUGAACUGGACAAAUCACAUGAUGUUAAUUCACAAUGGGAUUAUGAUGGUUAUAUGAAGAAUACUUCUGGAAUAGAUUCAUUUGAACAGCAAAUCGAUGGUUUUAAUGAUUCAGAUUCUAAAAAAUUAAAAAUGAUGGCUGAAAAAGUAUUAAAUAGUCAACAAGACAUAAAACCUGAAGUAUUGUAUACAUUUAGAAGUGAACAAUUCCCAAAACCACGUGUCCGUGGUCGACGCCGAUAUGAAGCUUAUAAUAAUUCCGAUCCAGAAUACACCCGACAAAAAUCUUUAAGACGCGCUAAAUCGGCUUCACCAACAAGAGUAAACAGGUACGAUGGAUUCGCCCUACGAUCAACAUCUACUGAAAGAGCUGAUCAACAGAGAUUAAUUGAUAGUACAUUUUAUUCAGGUGAUGAGAAUGGAUUAUUAUUCCAUCCUGAUUAUCUAACACAUUUAUCUGAUUGGUCUUACAAAUGGUUAGAUACUAUACGUUAUCAUAUGAACAGUUAUAGAACACAUGCUUUGCCAGGCUCCAAUUUAGAUCCAGGUGCUGUACGUUUAGCAUUAAGACGAUUUUUACGUCAUCUUGUAAAAAUUGAACGUGAACGAGAUGAUUUUGAUAUAAAAGCAAAAUUGAAUGAAGAAAAAGUUGUAGAAUACAGUCGACAAUUAAAUGAACGUGAAGAACAACUGAAUGAAAUGAAAAUAAAUGCUAAUGAUAUGGAAAAAGGAAAAUUAGAAAUUAUGGAACAGUUGAAUAAAAUGAAAAAUACAAUUACAGAACAUGAAAAUGAAAUGUCCAAACGUGAAUAUCAAUAUACAACAUUACAUAAUCAAAUCAAAGGUUUAGAACAACAAUUAAGUACAUGUGAAGCUGAGAAAAAUCAAUUACAGAUACGUCUAGAAAAGUCUAGAGCUGCAGAAAUUAAGUUAGAAGAAAAUAGACGAGAAUUAUUGCAUUCACUAGAGGAAGCAGAAACACGUUAUACACAAGCUGAAAUCGUUCGACGUCAACUGGAAGGUGAACUUCAACGGUGUCAAACUAUACUAAGUGAAUUAGAAAGUGACAAAGAGAAUUUACAAUCCCGUUUAAAUGUGAGUGGACGUCAAGGUACCGAAAUGGAAAUGAAAAUAUACAAUCUUCAAAUCGAAUUAGAAAGAGCUACAAAUGCCUUAGAUCAAACAACUUUGUGUGUAGCUGAGUUACGUGAUCAACUAACACGCGAAAAACUGGCUUAUGCAAAUUUACAACAAGAAUUAACUAGAACACAAGAACACAUGGAAGCAUCACAGAAACGCGAACUGAAUGCAGAACAAGAAAAACGCUUAUUACAGGAACGUUUAGAUAACAAUAAGAACUUGUUAAAUGAUACUAAAGUUCAAUUACAUGAAAUGAUGGAACGUGUACAAAAACUACAAAUGGAAACGACAGAUGCAGCUGCUAAACGUUCUGAAGUAGAAAUACAGCUAAAGCAAUUAGAAAGAUUAUCAACAGAAUGUCAACAUACUAAUAAUGAAUUGCAAAUGAAGAUCAAUAAUAUACAGGUUGAAAAUGCUAAUCUAACUGAAAAAAACGCCAACUUAUUAAGAAGUAUGAAUGAUGCCGGAAUACAAAAACAUGAAAUCGAUUGUGAAUUAACACGAGUAAGAAAAGAACAAAUUCAAUGGAAGAAAAUGGCAGAAAAAAUGGAAAGAGAACGUACAAAAGAACAAGAAUUAAAUAAUACAUUACGUAAUGAAAAUUCCGUAUUGAUGACAACUAUUCGUGGACUAGAAGAAGAAACAUUAAAUUUACGUCGAGAAAUACAAAAACUUCAAGUACAUAUGGCUCAACAAGACGAACAGUAUGCAGCUCAAUUAAUCGAAGUCAAUACAAAACAGCGUCAAGAAUUAGAAAAUGAGUUAGAUCGACAAAGAAACGCUCUAAAUGAUACACAAAAAACAUUACAACUCAAAGAACGUAGCUAUAAACAACGUAUACGUGGACUUGAAGACCAGAUUCAACAACUCAAAGAUCAACUAACUCAUGAAACAAAUAAACGUCAAUUACUUUACUUAAAGAAUCCAUCUUCUGUUAACCAAAGUCAGCCAAGUUUAACAAGUUAUGGAAGUUCAGUAACUACAACAGGAUAUGAUUAUACUGAAAUGAAAUCUUCAAUAGAUAAUAAUCGUCAACAGGAUUCAUUCUUGGUGGGAUUGUACAAGCCAACUACUGCACCAUCUAGAUAUGACCCAUACUACUACCAACUAACAGGCUCAAUACCUGCUAGACUGAACCGAUCAACGGGAUCAAAUUUAUUAAUAAAACCAAGAAGAUCAUUUAUUGAAUCAAGACCAUAUCAAUCAACGACAAAAAUAGAUAAAACAAACCCCUCGACCCAAUAUCAUAGUGAUGAAAGAAAUAGACGUCCUGAAGAAAAUAUCACAACAAAUACAGAUAUUAGUCCGUUGGAGCAAUCUUCCCUACCUAGAACACCGAUUGCUGCUAGUCGUUCUACAUGGCAUGAGUCAAGAGAUAGUACAGCUACAAUAAACCGGAGUACAAGUGAUUCUACAAUACGUCCAAGAGAAGAUAAAUCAAAAGGUGACAACUAA